UGCCAUUUUUAUCUUUCUCACUGAUUCUUCCAAUGAUCAGAGAAAAGGGAAAGACCACCCCCCACUUGGCUACUCGCUUCACCACUCUUCUCCCUCAACCUUGCUUCCAUUUCAUCUCACAGUCUGCUUCAUCCCCCAAACCUUCGUUACAGGUAAAUGUGCCUACUGUUGAGUAGAGGCAAACAUUAGAAUGGCAGAUUUGCUCUCAACUUCAUGUUUCUUAAAAGUAUCUCCUAGCCGCAAGCCUUACUCCCAGUCACUGAAUUACAUCGUGGCACCAUGUUCUACCUCCUUUACUUUGCAGACGAUCAGAUCUCCUAUCAAAAAACUCAUCUUACGAGGGGAGUUGUCCAGAGGACGUGUUAAAGCUCAUGGAACCUCUUUUCGCGUAAGUCAAGAAGCUGCAACUCAAGCUAGCUCUGGUUCCCAUGAGUCCUCCAAUGGAGCGACUAAUCCCAAGCCCCAGCGGGUGAUGGUCAUUGGGGGAGAUGGCUAUUGUGGUUGGGCUACUUCACUUCACUUAUCCAACAAAGGAUAUGAAGUUGCCAUUGUUGAUAGCCUUGUCCGUCGUCUCUUUGACCAUCAACUUGGUCUUGACUCUUUGACUCCCAUUUCCUCCAUCCAUAAUCGCAUCCGUUGUUGGAAGUCUAUCACCGGAAAGUAUGAGCUAUAUAUUGGUGAUGUUUGCGACUUUGAGUUUCUAUCAGAAGCGUUCAAGUCAUUUGAACCUGAUGCUGUUGUCCAUUUUGGGGAACAACGAUCUGCUCCUUAUUCAAUGAUAGAUCGCUCAAGAGCUGUGUUUACGCAGAAGAAUAAUGUGAUCGGAACACUCAAUGUUCUUUUUGCGAUAAAGGAAUUCAGAGAGCAGUGUCAUCUGGUGAAGCUUGGGACAAUGGGAGAAUAUGGAACUCCCAACAUUGACAUUGAGGAGGGAUAUAUAACUAUAACUCACAAUGGGAGAACAGAUACUUUGCCUUAUCCAAAGCAAGCGAGCUCUUUCUAUCAUCUUAGCAAGGUUCAUGACUCGCAUAAUAUAGCCUUCACUUGCAAGGCAUGGGGAAUCAAAGCCACUGAUUUGAAUCAGGGAGUGGUUUAUGGAGUGAAAACAGAAGAGACUGAGAUGCAUGAAGAACUCCGUAAUAGGUUUGAUUAUGAUGGAGUAUUUGGUACCGCAUUGAAUCGGUUCUGUGUUCAGGCUGCUGUUGGCCACCCACUUACGGUAUAUGGGAAAGGAGGCCAGACUAGGGGUUACCUUGACAUAAGAGAUACAGUUCAAUGUGUUGAGCUUGCCAUUGCAAACCCUGCACAGCCUGGAGAAUUUCGGGUCUUCAAUCAAUUCACGGAGCAGUUCUCAGUGAAUGAACUUGCUGCCAUUGUCACCAAAGCGGGACAGAAGCUUGGACUUGAUGUCAAAUCUGUAUCAGUGCCCAACCCAAGGGUGGAGGCAGAGGAACAUUACUACAAUGCAAAGCAUACAAAGCUUAUGGAGCUGGGACUGAAACCACACCUUCUCGACUCUCUUCUGGAUUCACUCCUAAACUUCACCAUUCAAUUCAAGGAUCGUGUUGAC